AUUUCAAAUUAAUAACAUUUAUGUUGGUAAUAAGUAAUACAUUUUCUAAAAGGAAAAAUACCGUUAAUAAAAAAGAGAGAAGUGGGAGAAUAUAAUAAAUCGGCUUGGGGACGCAAGGGCAGGUACGCUGACUCGUCCACAAGAGGAUAAUUUUUAGCCAUUUUGUUUUUCUCCCAGUGCUUACCGGCGAACGUGAAUGUUUAAAAACAACCCGGGCCAACGAAUUGCCGCAUAGUCAAGCUAGUAGACAAAGGAGAAAGUCAGCGAUAUGUCGAGUAAAAGGAAGAAGGCGCCUACGAAAAAACCGGCUAACAAGAAAGCGAGGAGGAAGGAAGACUCAGAGGAUUCUGAUCUGAGUGAUGGAUCUGAUGGAGACGUUACUCAGCCAGACGAAGUCUUAAUUGCCGGACAUGGAGAUGUCUUGGACGACCUAAGCCCUCUACCUCAAGAACUGUUAAACACUUUGGUUAAACCUGUUGGUCAGUUGGUAUUCAUGGGUGGUUUGAACUGGGAUCAGGUGGGCAAAAAGGAAUUCAAGGGUGUGAAAGUGGUUCCUAAUCUGUGGGUGCCUCAUCGAUUUGGCGACUGGAAGGUCCGUUUAGCUGUUAGCGGCUGUUCCGCAGCCCAUAGCGUUCUGGUCGACAGCGAUGGCAAAGCCUACACCUUCGGAAGGAACCCGAACGGCCAGCUGGGUCUGGACAACACCACCAGCACUUCGAAGCCGCUGCUUGUACCUGGUCUAGAGAAAAUGAACGUCAUCAGCGCCGCCUGCGGGCGCCACCACACACUGUUCCUAACAGAUACCGGAACGGUGUACGCUUGCGGCGAUAAUAAGUCUGGACAGUGCGGUGUCGGUAAUUUGCAGCCGCAGAUUUUGACACCGACUAGGAUCAACUAUAGAGGACCACCAAUUGUCAAAGUAGGGUGCGGUGCCGAAUUCUCCGUCAUCCUGGACGUGAAAGGCGGCCUGCACACCUUCGGCCUGCCCGAGUACGGCCAGCUGGGCCACAACACCGACGGCAAGUACUUCAAGACCUCGACCAAGCUCUGCUUCAACUACCAGACCAGUCCGAAGCGCGUCGUGCUCUACAUCGAGAAGAGCAAGGACGGUCACGUUUCGCCGGUCGACGUGACCGAGAUAGUGGAUUUCGCCUGCGGCACUAAUCACACCGUCGCCAUUGACAGCAGGAAGAGGGCUUUCUCGUGGGGCUUCGGUGGUUUCGGCAGGUUGGGACAUGCCGAACAAAAGGAUGAAAUGGUUCCUAGACUGAUAAAAUAUUUCGACAGCCAAUCUCGGGGAGUACGUUCUGUUCACUGCGGUUCCACCUACACACUUGCCGUGACAGAAUAUAACGGUCUGUUCCUUUUUGGACAAACCAAACGCACUGGAGAGGCCAACAUGUAUCCCAAGCCAGUCCAGGACUUGGCUGGCUGGAACAUUAGCCACGUGGCUACCAGCCACACCUCUAUUAUGAUCGCUGCCGAUGAGACUUGCAUAGCCUGGGGUGCUUCUCCCACUUACGGAGAGCUGGGUAUAGGCGAUAUGCAGAAAAGUUCCACUACUCCCAAAGAGGUGACUAGAAUGCAGGGUAUAAAAGUGACGAGUCUGUCAAUGGGAUAUUCGCAUACGCUGAUCAUAGCUGCGGAGGACACGCCCGAACAAAAAGCUAAACUAGAAGCAAUGAAGAAAUACGAGAUACCUUAGGGCGGGCUCAGCUACUUAUAAACAAAUAACACUUCUAUGUAUGGUAUAAUCGUAAUAGCGUGUAAUGUCACUCUCUUUUGCUCUACCAGUUUUCGACAUAACCUCAAAAACGAAACUACAUAACGUCAGUUAUAUAGUUGUUCAAAUUUUAAGCUUCACAAUUUUUGGUUGAGAUUCAAGUAAAACGGGGAGGAGAACAUUAUGUUAUCCCAAAAAAACUGUCAAUUUGUACGAGAAGUUUUUUUUCAUCAAUUCUGGCUAUACAACAAAGGAAAUGUCUGGUGUAUUUCAAUACUACAAUAAGGUUUUAGAUAGGCUCUAGAUGAGGUUUAAUAGGUUUCAGUAUUUUCCAUUUUUUAUGUUAUACAUGUUUUUUUUAUAUACAUAUUUAUAGUAGGUUAUUUUCUCUCUGUUUUAAGUAAGGAAGCUGUGUCAGUACGUUCUUUUUUUAUUAUAAUUUUAAUUCCACAAUUUUUCCCAAAUAAAUUCACAUUUAUACUA